GUUCAUUCUUAUUUCUUGUCUGUGGAGAUUAAUUUUAUGGUGGAAAAGAAUCGCAAAAGCGUGAGUCCUGUUUUGUGUUUACUGAUUGUUUUAUUUAAAACAUAAUAUAACUUGAAGGUGUGAAUAUGGCAGAUCCGUCGAGGGGACGCGGGAGGGGCUUGGCCCUUCUCCAAGCCCUAAAGAAAUCUCAAGCAAUGGAGUCUUCUGAUGAGGCGUCUCCCAAUUCUACACCAGGGCCUAGUACUGCCCCUAGCGUGGCUACGAGUGCGGAACCUCAAAGCUUGGUCUCUGGUACAUCUUCAAUGCUAUCCGGAGCUACCUCAAUAGGUGGGAGGGGCAAGAUAGCUGCCAUGCUGCUUGCGAAGGCCCAGCAAAAACCAGGAGGGCCUGUGUUUUCACCUGCCAGCGAUGUUAGCCCGUCGCUUCCUAAAAGUGCCGGCCGGGGAUUGAAGCUGCUACAAUCUUUGCAAGCUUCGAAAGCGGCAGGCGAUGCGGCAAAGGCUGUGGAGCGGGUUACAGAGAAGAUGGCUGAAGCAAGCGUGUCUGUCUCUAAGCCACCUGGUGACGAGCGUACGAGAAAACCAUUCAGAGAAGUAAGUGAUGCGCCUCCGGUAGUAAGGACUGGCACGAGCGGCACACCUGUAGAGGUCACCGCUAACUUCAUAUACUUGAAUGUCGAAGAGAACAACGCGUAUGAAUACGAAGUACGAUAUGACCCUGAGCAGGACUUUAAGAACUUGCGGUUCAAACUUCUUAGUGAACACCGUCAGUACUUUAAAGACAAAUCUUUUGACGGCACCACUCUGUAUGUGCCUCAUAAGCUGCCUGAAGAAGCUCUGAAUUUGGUCUCAACAAAUCCCUUUGAUAACAGCAAAGUGAAAAUAACUAUAAUAUUUCGUAGAACCCGACGUCUGAGUGAAAUGAUUCAUAUGUACAACGUUAUAUUCAAAUCUAUUAUGAAGGACUUGCAACUAGUGAGAAUUGGUCGCAAUCAUUUUAAUGAGAAAGCUGGCAUACCCAUCCCGCAGCACAGACUGGAAGUUUGGCCUGGUUACGUGACAGCUGUCGACGAAUACCAAGGAGGAUUGAUGUUGACACUGGACUCCACCCAUAAAGUGUUACGAACACAGUCAGUGCUGUCAUUUAUCAAAGAGACGGUUCAAGCCGAAGGAGCUGGUUGGAAGAAAGCUAUGGCGGAACGUCUAGUUGGCUGUUCCGUUAUGACUACUUAUAAUAAAAAAAUGUUCAGAGUAGACAGUAUUGACGACACAAAGUCACCAAGAUCGACAUUUGAGAAGGAAGAAAACGGUAAAAAAGUGCAAAUCUCCUACAUUAACUAUUAUAAAGAUAACUACGGUAUUGAGAUAAAGGAUUAUGAUCAGCCACUGCUCAUAUCCAGGGACUCAAAACUCAUGUCGGGCUCUGAGAAAAAGAUAGACUUCAUGAUUUGUUUGGUACCUGAGCUGUGUCAAUUGACUGGUCUCACUGAUGAUCAAAGGAGUAACUUCAAACUGAUGAAAGACGUCGCCGCACAUACCAAGAUAACGCCUAAUCAACGUCAUGCUGCUUUUAAAAAGUAUAUAGAAGCAGUAAUGAACAAUGAAACGGCAAGAAGUCGUCUAGCGGGUUGGGGCCUCAGCAUAGCACCUGAAACUAUCAACCUCACAGCCCGUACAUUGCAACCAGAAACGUUAUACUUUGGUAAUAACGUCAAAGUGCCGGGCAAACCUAAUGCGGAGUGGAACGCUGAGGUGACGAGGAACCAUGUAAUCCAGGCAAUCGAUAUUGUCAAAUGGGUGGUGUUAUAUACAGACAGGGACAAACAAGUAGCUCGGGAUUUCUUAGAAACAAUGAAGCGUUCCUGCCGUCCGAUGGGCAUCAACGUGGCUGAACCAGAAAUGAUUCGCUUGCCAAACGACCGAACUGACUCCUACGUACUAACUCUGAAGAAAGUCAUCACAUCGGACUUGCAGAUUGUGGUGGCGAUAUGCCCAUCGGCCAGGGAUGACCGCUAUGGGGCUAUUAAGAAGAUUUGCUGUGCAGAUAAUCCUAUUCCAUCACAGGUUAUAAACGCGCGUACGUUAAUGAAUCAGAACAAGAUACGGUCAAUAACUCAGAAGAUUUUGCUGCAAAUGAAUUGUAAGAUUGGCGGUACACUGUGGAAUAUUAAUAUACCUUUCAAGUCCGCCAUGGUUAUAGGCAUCGACUCACACCAUGAUGCUUCUAGAAAGAAGCAGAGUGUUUGCGCCUUCGUAGCAUCAUACAACCAGGCGUUGACGCACUGGUACUCAAGGGUAGUGUUUCAGUCCAAAGGUCAGGAAGUAGUGGACAGCCUCAAGGAAUGUUUCGUCGACUCUCUGAAGCAUUACAUCAAAGUCAAUUCGCAAUUGCCUGAGAGAAUCAUUAUAUACAGGGAUGGUGUAGGCGACGGCGAAUUUAAAGUGAUCCAAAAAUUCGAAAUACCACAAAUGGAGAUUUGUUUAUCGUUGUUCGAGGGUGAAUACAAACCUCGGCUUACUUACAUAGUGGUACAGAAACGUAUAAACACUAGGAUAUUUAUGAAGUGCGGUAGUGGCUUGGAAAACCCGAAUCCUGGUACUAUUGUGGAUCACGGCGUAACUAGACGCGAUUGGUACGAUUUCCUAAUAGUAUCCCAGAAGGUGAACCAAGGUACGGUAACGCCUACCCACUACGUAGUUCUCCACGACUCUAGUGAUAUGACACCGGAUCAGUGCCAAAGAAUCACGUACAAAAUGUGCCAUCUGUACUACAAUUGGCCUGGCACCGUCAGAGUCCCGGCUCCUUGCCAAUACGCUCACAAACUAGCGUACCUAGUAGGGAACAGUAUACACCAAACGCCAUCUGCAGUUUUACAAGACAAAUUGUUCUUCUUGUAAUCUUUAGACUCAUAAUUUAGUACUGUAUAGUACAUAUUUUUUUCGUUUCUAUUUUUUUUAUUAUAGUUUUUUUAAGUUGAUUGUAAUUUAGCAAAGCUAAGAGUAAAGGACACACAUUCAGUUGAAUUGAACCUAUUGCUGACCUUUUCUUAGUCAACAAAAUAGCAAUAUAAGAAGUGUCAGCAAUAGAUUUAAUGAAGCUUUGUGCAACUGACGGACAUUCCACUUUCAAGCAAUUUUAUUGUUAUAGAUUCAACUAUCGAAGUAUUAUCUAGUGAUACCGAUUUUAGUAUAAGAGUAAGAGGUAUACAGAAGUAUUGAUAACGGUGCUAAUAUGGUGCUUCGUAGAAAUAGGCAGCUACUUAAGUUCCUUCCAUGGAGGACAAAAUGACUAGCGGAGAUGUUAUAACGCAAAAUAUCCCAAGUAGCGUACCAAAAUGCGGGUGUUCGGGGAACGAGGAACGUUACUUCCGGGCUUUGCCCUCUAACGCCUUCUUUGGGACCAUUUUUUUUUAAACCAAAUCACCAAUCAAUCAAGUCCAAUUCUUGACAGAUGUCUCGAGGAACCCAAAUGCCUCGUUCAUCAUCAGCCUAUCGCAGUCCACUGCUGGACAUAGGCCUCUCCAAGUGCACGCCACUGAGAUCGAUUUUCGGCUUCUCGCAUCCAGCUCCUGCCGGCCGCCUUGCGCAAGUCAUCACUCCACCGUGCCUGAGGACGUCCUACACUACGUUUGCCGAGGCGUGGUCUCCAACUCAUUUACCCCAACGGUUAUCAGUUCUUCGGCUAAUAUGGCCAGCCCACUGCCACUUCAGCUUGCUGAUUCGGUGGGCUAUGUCGAUGACUUUGGUUCUCUGACGGAUUACCUCAUUUCUGAUGCGAUCUCUCAGAGAAAUGCCGAGCAUAGCUCUUUCCAUAGCCCGCUGAGCGACUUUAAACUUGUGGACCAGCCGUACCGUCCAGUGUCCACGUUUCGGCUCCGUAAGUCAUGACAGGUAGGACGCACUGAUUGAAGACUUUUGUCUUUAGGCACUGUGGGAUCGCCGAGGUUAGGACUCGACGUAGCUUCCCAAAUGCAACCCAACCCAACUGAAAUGCCUCGUUAGUUAACUAGUUACUGGUCGGUUUGGUCUCGCCUACCGUAUGUUAUUUGACCUACAAAAGGGCGCCUGACCUACCUGCCUUAUAGAAUCUCCGCUCGUUUUUCCUUCCUCCGUGUUUCCUUGUUUUUGUAUAACUGAGGCCCGCUUCUGCUAAGUUAAAAAUGUCAAAAUGUACUAAUAUAAGACCAAUCGUAUUCCAGUAACAUCUCAUUGUUUUGCGAUUGGUCUGUCAUUUGGUCUAUACGGUAGUUUGCGCUAUAAUAUAAUAAACCUUUUUCUCCUUUUUUGUUAUUCAAUAAUGAAUCAUAUUGUCUGCAAAUGAUUUCCGAUUGCAGUAUGAUUGUAGAGCAGACUACCCUAUAGACUAGCUACGAUACGAUUGAUCUUACAUUAGUAGCAGAAUGCCCGAUAAAGUUAAAACGGCUAUUGAGAUUACAUUUUAUCCAAUAGUCACAUUAUUAUCUACGUUAGCAAAAUCAGGCCCCUGGACCAUUUCUAUGAAGUUUGUAUGCACAAAAGAGGGAGUGUUCUGUGUAUUUCUAAAAAGCUGUUUCGAAGUACAAAUUGACUGACAAUUCUACUUUCUUUGUUCGGAUGUAAUGCGUUGGGUAUUAUCUUUUCCUGCCAAAUGUUCCCAACGCAAAACAUUGUGAUUUUUAUGUAAUUACUAUAUGUCUUAAAUGAUUGAAAUAAAAACUGUGAUUAAUUAUAAGUGAAGAAAGUUGUGGAUUCAAUUUAAUUGUAUGUUCUUAAAAUUAUGGCCAAAAUAAAUUGUUUUAGGUUUAAUUAUAGAAGUGUUUAUUAAAAGUUGAACAUGGUCAAUUCUUAAUAGAAUAGAUUUUAAUGUUUUUUUAGAAUUGUCAGGACGCAAUCUCAAUAAUAAUCAUCAUUUGUGUUAAUUCUUAAAAUUGUCAAAGUAUUUUUUUUAUGUUUGUAAGUACUUAAACAUAAGUACAUAGAUUGUAAGUAAUCGCCGCCUACUCCUGUUUAGGUCAGUUCUAUUUUCUUAAUAAUAUCGCUGUCCAACCAGUCAAGUUUGAGGUUUUUGAAGCAUUAACCUCAACAAAAUUGAUUUGAGCCACAAUAAAUUCUUUACCUUUCAAUCGAAGUCCGAUUUUUAACCGACUUUUUUAUGUUUGUUCAGCGAUUACUCGUAGACGCCUCUGGCGAUUUGCAAAAUUCUUUUUUGUUUGAUAGGGUAUACCUCCUAAGUAGUUCCAUAAUCAUCAGGUCCUUGAGGAUGAUGAAAACCCCGAGAAAUUGAGGACAACUUUCGAAAGUUGUUGGCAUGCGCAGGGUAAAAACUUGGCACUGAGGCGUAUGUUUGAUAACACUUAUGUAAUAGUGAAGGUUUGGAGCUGACCUGAUGAUGCAGACGAGAGAAGGUCGAGGGAACUCGGCAACAGUACAUAUUAACUACCUCGUGUUUGGGCUGAUAUUAUUCGUAUUGUAAUAAGUUUUUUAGGGCAAUCUUAGCUCAAUAAUAGAAUAACGAAAAGUCAUUCCAACUUAUUCUUUUACUGCCAUCUCCACCUCAGUUGCCGGAGUCAACAAAAGUUUGACACGUUGAGGUCAAAACAGCUAACCCCAAUAGAAUCAAUUUCAUUUCCAAACUACACAUUGCGACAACAACACGCAAUUACAGUCGCGGAUACUCUACAAAUAAUACGUAACUUAUUGCCGGAUUAUCAUCUCCCGAGCCUUUUUCCAACUAUGUCGGCUUCCAGACUAAUCGGAUUCAGCUGAGUACCAGUGCUUUACAAGGAGCGACUGCCUAUCUGACCUCCAGUAACCCGGGCAAUCCGAUACCCCUUGGUUACUGACUGACUGACUGGCGUCAGGCUACUGACUCCUGAUUACCCGUAAGGACUGCCAACGAUGUUCAAUGACAGCCGAGACCUACAGUUUAACGUGUCAUCCAAAACACAGUCAUUCAUUGAUGGCGAAGAUAUAUAUUCUUCAUCAUCAGCCUUACGCAGUCCACUGCUGGACAUAGGCCUCUCCAAGUGCACGCCACUGAGAUCGAUUUUCGGCUUCUCGCAUCCAGUUCCUGCCAGCCGUCUUGCGCAAGUCAUCACUCCACCGUGCCUGAGGACGUCCUACACUACGUUUGCCGAGGCGUGGUCUCCACUCUAGGACUCGUUUACCCCAAUGGUUAUCGGUUCUUCGGCUAAUAUGGCCAGCCCACUGUCACUUCAGCUUGCUGAUUCGGUGGGCUAUGUCGAUGACCUUGGUUCUCUGACGGAUUACCUCAUUUCUGAUGCGAUCCCUCAGAGAAAUGCCGAGCAUAGCUCUUUCCAUAGCCCGCUGAGCGAUUUAAACUUGUGGACCAGCCGUACCGUUAGGGUCCACGUUUCGGCUCCGUAAGUCAUAACAGGUAGGACGCACUGAUUGAAGACUUUUGUCUUUAGGCACUGUGGGAUCGAUAUAUUCUUAGAAAGUACAUACAAACUUCGAAAAGUUGCAUUGGUACUUGCCUGACCUGGAAGCAAACCCACGCCCUCAUACCUUUCAUUUGAUACCCAUUUCAUUGGGGUACAUUUCAAAUAGUCUGUCCUCCAUUUUGGACAUCCGCCAUAUUGGAUUUAAGUUAGGGUACCAUUUUUUUCGUAUUCUUAACAGCAAACCCGGAAUCAGGGACUCGGAUCUUGGUCAAACUGAUAUUACAAAUGAAGCUAAUAUGUAUAAACUUGUUGAAAAGGGAGGCAAGAGACAGCGAGCGCGAAUUUUUGUUAUUUUGUAGGACUCGGAACGUAAAAUGCAGUGUAUACGUUUGGGCUACAUUUAUUUACUGUGUUUUGGGAUUCUGAGACGAAAGUAAUAAUGGGGUUCAAGGCCGAUUUCGGCCACGGUGGCUGUUCUCAUAUAAUUAGAUCUGCCAGCUUCGCUAUUAUAGUGCACGAGAUUUUGAGCAUACACUAGUGCACUCACUAUUCUUUCACUAUCAUAGCCCGAUGGGACGACAAUCGGGCGCAGGACCGACAUUUACUUGCAUCGGUGUAUCAAUCACCGACUUCCAGUCUACGGGCUGCUCUGUGAAAGUUUUUAAAACCCACAAAGCCAGCGGAGACGAGAAUAUAUUGCUCUCUAUUGUUCAUGUUUAAAUUAAAAUCUAGUGUAAUAUUAGUGUAUUACUAAGUACGUUAAUGUGGACUGAUUUAGAAAAUAAAUACAUAUUUUUAAUAUCAAAAUACACUCCAAAAUAAUGUAGCCAGAUUUAUGAUUUAAAGUGAUGAUCCUGAGUUCAGAUUUUAUAAAUCGAAAAUCUUAGAAAUAAUGUUUCUUUUGUGUGGUAGAAAAAAAAUGCCAAAUAAAAUUAAGUCUUGUUCAACUCAUACCAAGAGGCUUAAUUUCUUUUCAGACACUUUUGUACUUUAUAAACUGCCUUUGAUGCCUUUGACUGUCGUAUGUCAAAGAAGCGACAGUCACUUUACCACUGUAUUUUUCUAUGGACACAACUAACUAAACUUUUAAAUGAUGUUUGCAAAAUCCGAUCGCAAUCCUAAGGGUCCAAAAAUCCUGAGCUCUAAGGACAAAACCGGAGACUUCCAGAUGAGUCAAGCAGACAUCAGCUUCAUAGAAUUUGCAACUCACGUAAAACGUGUUUUUCUAGAAAAGUGUGCUUACACUAGGUACCUAUGGCAAUUUAAUUCAUAAUACCUACCUCAUUGUGUGACUAAAUAUGUCGUCCUAGUGCGCGUAUUUUUAAAGAUGGUAUAAAAUACAAAUUAAGUAGGUAUAAGUGUUACAUAAUUUGAUAUUUUUAUAGAUACGCUAGUGUUGUUAUAAAAUUAUUUUGUAACAAAAAGUUCACUAUUUUUUCAAAUAAAUCAUUUUCUACUAA